UAGUGGUGCGGAGGGGGGCUGCGGCCUGACUGGGGCGGGCCUGGGUGGUGCCGCCGAGCUUCGGCCUUGAAGUCAGGCCGCGGACCUCUGCGGCCUCUGGGGGCUCCUUCUUCCAAGGAACUCUGGGCCAGUGGCCUCUCCCGCCCGCUCGGCACUGGGGCCGCCCCUGGGAGGCAUUCUUGGCCCCGGGCGGGCUCCGGCGCACCUGUCACUGCUUCCCCGACGGCCCGGCCCUGCCGUUGCAGCCUCCCGCAGCUGCCCUGUGGCAUGUGAGCGUGUGGGGACCGCGGACAGGGUGAUACCCUCCCGUGCACCACCCCGGCCACAGGACCGUAGGGGCCCAGAGUGAAAGUUGCGUUCGUAAACCUGCGCACUCGCCACCAGAGGGCUUGUCUGACUGUCCGCACGUCACUCGAGCUGUUCCCCGUCCCGCCGGAGGCUGGGCUGCGCCGCGCCCGUGCGGGCUGUGAGGGGAGCACCUCCGGAGCGCGCCGCGGACAUGGAGCAGAAGCUGUCCCAGCUGGUCGAAGAGCUCACGACUUCAGGGGAGCCCCAGCUGAACCCCGAGAAAGUGAAGGAACUAAAGAAAAUUUGCAAGUCUUCAGAGGAACAGCUGGGUCGUACCUACCACCUGCUGAUGGCCCAGCUAAGCAGGGAGCAUGCGCAGGUCCGCCUCUCCGCCUUCCAGGCUGUGGAUGAGCUGUUCACCAGGUCUCACUACUUCAGGGCGCUGCUCAUUUCCAACUUCCAGGAGUUCCUGGAGCUCACUCUGGGCACAGACCAUGAGCAGCCCCUGCCGCCGCCCAGGGAGGUGGCCCAGAGGCUGAGGCAGGCAGCUCUGCGGGCAGUGGAAGCAUGGAAUGAGAAGUUCGGGGAGGCCUAUAAGAAGCUUGCCUUGGGCUACCACUUCUUAAAGCACAACAAAAAGGUGGAUUUUCAAGAUGUGAAUGCUAGGACCUUAGCAGAAAGAAAGAGGGAAGAGGAGAAACAGAAGCAUUUGGACAAAAUCUACAGAGAAAGAGCCCAGCAGGCCGAGAGGGAGAUGGAAGAAAUGUCUGCAGAAAUUGAGUCCUGCCUGACGGAAGUGGAGAGCUGUUUCCAGCUGCUGGUGCCCCUUGACAUAGGCCCGAGCCCAGAGGUGGGAUUCCUUGGCGUGGCUUCCGGUGUGUCUGAGGAGGGUGCUUCUUGUCCUUCAUGUCCAGGCCAGGCCCCCCACUGCCGGUCUGGCCCUCCUGACCCUCGGGAUGGGGAGCGGCCCUGCUGCAGCAGGGACCUGCCUGCUUCUGUGCACUUCCCCGGGUUUGGCAGCGGAGUACUCUCAGAAGACAAGGAUGAGGACAGUGACCAGGAGCAGUUUGUGCGCAACCAUGGGCUUGGCUCGCACAAGUACACACUGAAGGUGGAGCUCUCCACAGAUGGCCUGAAGGUGCAGGAGAACGAGGACAACCUUGCCAUUGUCCAUGCUGCCCGUGAUGUGCUCAAACUCGUGCAGAACAAGUUCCUGCCAGCUGUGUGUUCCUGGGUGCAGCGGUUUACCCGUGCAGGGGUCCACGGGGAACACUUAAAGCGUGCCAUUGACCUGAAGACGGAUUUAGAUCUCGUGCUGAAAAAAUACCAAGAGCUGGACAUCAUACCCGAGGGGGAGCUGAGGCUCAGCACAGAUGCCCCAGAGGACGAGGACGAGGACGAGGACGAGGACUUUGUGGAGGUCCCAGAGAAGGAGGGGUUUGAGACCUGUGUUCCUGACCACCUGCUGGGGCCAGGGAGGACCAGAACACAGGGCCCACCAUGCCUGGACUAUUGGGAUGGGGGCGGUGGGCUGGGGCCAGAGGCCCCACUGCGGACCCCGGAGAAGGACCUGGCUGCACAGGGCUUGCAGACGAGGACGAGAAUGAGAAGGGAUGAGGAGGCGUCAGACCCCACCUCUGCAGCUGCCCAGCUACGGUUGUUCCAGAACCUCUUGCCCCCGCCGCCACCUUCAUCCGAGAGGGCACUGCUGGGGCUGGAGGAGGCCCACAAUUUGGCAGCAGAGCGGGCCCGGGCGCCCAUUGUGCCCUAUGGGGUGGACCUGUGCUACUGGGGCCAGGAGCUGCCGGUGGCUGGGAAGAUUGUCAGACCUGACUCUCAGCACCGCUUCUGGAAGCCCAGCGAGGCAGUGGAGGAAGUGGAGAGUGCUGCCAUCUCCGAGAUGCUCUGCAGCCGCCAUAUCACCUUUGCUGGGAGGUUCGAGCCUGUGCAGCACCGGUGCCGCGCCCCAAGGCCUGAUGGCCGGCUCUGUGAACGCCAAGAUCGUCUAAAGUGCCCUUUCCACGGGAAGAUUAUCCCAAGAGAUGAGGAAGGAUGGCCUCUUGACCCAGAAGAUAGGGCACGGGAACAGAGGCAGCAGGUGCAGGGGCGCCCAGGCUGGCAGGACCCUGAGUUCAUGAAAGACGUGGAAGCAGGCACUGGGGUAGAUCUGGGCUCGUCCAGGUGCCGUGGGAAAGGCAAGAGGAAGAAGAAGUACCCCAAUCUCACCGACCUGAGGGCACAGGCCAACACUGCCCGGGCACGCAUCGGGAAAAAGGUCUUCGCCAAGGCGGCUGUGCGGAGGGUGAUCACAGCCAUGAACAAGGUGGACCAGAAGAAGCAUGAGAAGUUCGCAAACCAGUUUAACUAUGCGCUGACUUAGAAUCCAGGCUAGGGGUGCUGCCGUUCCCGCUGGUCUGCAGCUCCUCUCUUCCCUCUGCCUGCUCACUAGGACUGGAGAGUGGGCACGGGUCUGGGCAGUGACUGUGCACUUACUGUGAGGAAAUGGCAAGUUAAAGUGCCCAAGAGGUGUGAUCUCUCUGCUGCUGUGGGGACCCUGCCUCCCAGUUAUGACUCUGGCCUUGCAAAAGAGACCCUUUGUGUUCCUAAGGGCAUCUUAUGAGUCCCUGUGCAUUUCUAACACGUGGUUCAUAAUUGGUGGGACGCUCACGCGUCAGUGUUGAGGGUGUGUUCCCAGCUGCCUCCCCUGAAGAGGAGAAUGCAACGGGGCUCGGGGGACCUGCACAUGGAUGCAGAUGCUGUUUCCAACACAGACAUGAAGGGUGGCAGCUGAGCUCCCUUACAUUUCCAACUUCACAGAUCAUCUGGGUGAUAGUUCCACAUGGAAUGCAGAGAACUGCCUGUUCUGUAGGUUUAACAACAGCGGUGUUGAAACACAGCUCACGCACAGGAAGGGCCCCCUACACGGGCAGUGCCACACAGGUCUCCACAGCCUAGGCAGGCACCACCUCCUGACUCCUCACCUGCCCGGAAACCCUCAUGCCCCUCUCCCAGCCCCUGGCAACAGCCCGUCUACUCUGUUUUUGGAUUUGCCUUUUCCGGAUAUUUUACGUGAAUGAAAUUAAACAACAUGGGAUCUUU